GACUAGUAGCAGCGCCACGUCGGCAGAGAGGGAGAGAGAGCGAUAGAGAUACCGUGAUGCUGUAAAGUUUUAAGAAUCGUGUUGUAGUGCUAUUGCUCAAUGUUGUCCGUGCGUCUGUUUCAAUACGAAAAACUCUCCGAGCGUAUGCCUUUGAUACGUGCAAAAGUAGUGCCCUAGUCUAAACGAGUUUUGUUUGUUAUAACCCGUGUUUGUUGAGCAACGAACGGAACUCUCGGGAGGCAGACGCUGCAAUUGUCUGUCCCAGGUGUGUUUUAAGAGUAUUAUUUGGCCUGGAAAUUGCUGGAAACAAUGGUGAAGAAUGUCAACUCAGAUGUGCAGCAGGGAAGCUGUCCUGACCAGAGGGAGCCAGAACUGUCUGCAUGCGAACCUGUCGGAGAUGAGAAAGAGCAUGCUGUGACCCAGCCUGGCAUGAUUUGGCGUGUGACCGGGGGCCUCUUCAGCGCCACCAAGGGGGUGGUGGGUGCCACGGUGGGGGGCGUGGCCUGGCUGGGAGGCAAGAGCCUGGAGAUCACCAAAUCGGCUGUGACCGCUGUCCCAGCUGUAGGUGUGGGCCUGGUGAAAGGGGGUGUGUCUGCUGUUGCAGGAGGCGUGUCCUCAGUAGGAUCUACUGUAGCCAGCAAAGUUCCAUUCACGAAAAAGGCGAAGGACAAGGCAGAGUGAGGCAGCAGAGGAGGGGCCAUAAAGGACUGAAGAUCUCUCCAUGACCGUGCAGAAAGGAAGCAGACUCUUCCUGUCUGUCUUUCUGUCUGCGCUCUCUGAGUGCCUUUGUGUAGUUUUCCUCUGCAUUUUGUGUCUGUGUGUGUUGGGGAGGGGCUGCUUCAGGGGUAAUUUCUUCUGUGUGAUAUUGGAGUUGCACACACAUUUCACUAUGAUUCACUCCCAGUGGCUGUCUAACCCUGGGAUGGCUCAGCUCCUCUUUUGCCUGAGCUGUAAGCCUUGAAACGCAGUGUGAGGUGAAGUCUCCACAGGACUCAUAUUGGCUGGAUGUGCUGCUGAUGGUUAGCCAUGUUUUGGUAAAGAACAUUUUCCCAGUUUCCCAACUGGGCGAGAAUCCACACAAUCAAAAGGGUCCAAAUCAUUCAGCUUUUUUGUAACUGAUGGUGAAGUCCAUAGAGCUGUCCUGUGGUUUUUAAAUGAAGCGUAUCACUCAUUUCCAUGUGAAAUUGGGUGGAAUGGAGGGUUUGAAUAAGCCUGGCACAAACAGCUGUGGUCAUAUUUAUCAAGUAUACAAAGCAAGCUGUGAGUGCAGUAUUCCCAAAGGCUCAUCUAAAAUCUGUGAUUUAUUUAGCUUUUGGAUCAGUUGCUUACCUUCCUAACCUUACAGAAUGUCCUCAAAGUGAGAUGAUAGCCUCUGUUGAUACAGACUUUUUCCCCAGUGAUGUUUUCAGUGUGUUUAAACAUGUCUCUGUAAGGACAGCCCUUCAGCACAGCUGGAGGGUUCUCUGUCAGCCACGGAUGAAGCUGUUCUGUAUGGACAUGCAGCAUUUGUAUUUUCCAUAUAAUAAAAGUAUGUGUAAAAGAAAGACUUUUGGAGAUGUGUGGGGUGCAUCUUGUCACACAGCCUGUCGUUGAUGUCGGGGUGGAUGGCGACCACUGCUUGCGAUGGAAUGAGCAUUUCUGAUAGCGUAGCUGAUGGAGCGCAGGGCCAAUGCCAUCAUCAUACAGGAACAUAAAAUGUCUUGCAGAGCCAAAGGAUC